GCUGCGUCGAGCCGGGAGCCCGCGCUCGAGCCCAGCGGGGGGGUUUCAGUUUCUGGCGCGAACUUCCGCCGCUCCGAAGUUGCAAGGCGAACUGGCGCGAUGUCUGGGGACAGCAGCGGCCGCCGGCCCGAGGGCCGGGGUCGGGGUCGCGACCCUCACCGGGAUCGCACCCGCUCCCGCUCCCGCUCGCGGUCCCCGCUGGCCCGCCGCGGCGCCGCGCCGGAGCGCAGGGAGGCAGCGGAGCACCCGAGCUUGGAGGACACCGAGCCGUCCGAUUCCGGGGACGAGCUGAUCGACCCGGCCUGCUUGGAGGCGGAGUACGACCAGGGCCUGUGCCGCCAGAUCCGCCAUCAGUACCGCGCUCUCAUCAACUCCGUCCAACAAAACCGGGAGGACAUACUGAAUGCUGGUGACAAGUUAACAGAGGUCCUUGAAGAGGCAAACACUCUGUUCAAUGAAGUGUCACGAGCAAGAGAGGCAGUUCUAGAUGCCCAGUUUCUUGUUCUGGCUUCAGACUUGGGCAAAGAGAAAGCCAAACAGCUGCGCUCUGACCUAAACUCAUUUGAUAUGUUAAGAUAUGUUGAAACUCUGCUGACACAUAUGGGUGUAAAUCCGCUAGAAGCUGAGGAAGUCAUCCGUGAUGAAGAUAGAACUGAUUUUGAAUUAAUUGUCUAUGACUCCUGGAAAAUAUCAGGCAAAACAGCAGAAAACACCUUUAAUAAAACCCAUACAUUCCACUUUCUGUUGGGUUCAAUACAUGGAGAAUUCCCUGUGCCAAAGCCAAGAACUGAUCGUCCAAGACAACCUCGCAUGAUCGAAGAGCAGCGGUCAAUGCCUGCCCAGUUGAAAUGCAUGGAAGAAUCUCAUCAAGAAGCAACUGAGAAAGAAGUAGAAAGAAUCUUGGGACUGCUGCAGACAUACUUUAGAGAAGACCCUGAUACUCCAAUGUCCUUUUUUGAUUUUGUGGUUGAUCCACAUUCUUUCCCCCGUACGGUGGAAAACAUCUUUCAUGUUUCCUUCAUUAUACGGGAUGGUUUUGCAAGAAUAAGACUUGACCAAGACCGACUACCAAUAAUAGAGCCAGUGAUUAAUGAAGAAAGCGAGGGAAUUGACCAAAACACUCAAAUUAGGAGUCAAGGAAUUAUAGCUUUGAGUUAUCAUGACUGGGAGGAGAUUGUGAAGACCUUUGAGAUUUCUGAGCCUGUGAUCUCUCUGAGUCAGAGCCAGCAGCGGCUAAGUGCCUGAUGCCAGCUGAAGGACUGAAGGCAAUAGUGAAAUCCUGAGAGGAAAGCAGCAUGUGUUGUAUAUAUGUAUAAUGUUUUUAAAGGUGAAGAUUGUUUUUAGUAAAUUGUAGCUUUUGAUAGUUAAUAGCUUUGUCAUGGUUGUCUUUGAUUAAAGGAAAUUCACUGCCAUA